AUGUUAUUGAAUUCCUACCUUGGCGACAAAAUAAUUCCUAAGCACUUACGUUUCCCAUUCCAAGAAGACCCACACUUCCAGAUGUGGAACCUAUUAAUUUUUAUCCUAGUGCUGGUAAGCGUAGCAGCACAAUAUAACAAACCGCCUCCUGUGGUUGUGGGACCACCGCUUCCACCACCUCCACCUCCACCUCCACCUCCACCACCACCUCCACCACACCCACCAUAUAAUGAAAGACCAGGGUACGGUGUUGAUACGCCAUUGGCACCAUAUCCUCCACCACCACCUCCUCCUCCUCCUUAUCCGCCUCCAAACCAUCAUCGUCCGCCUCCACCUCAUCACCACCACCCAUAUCAUUCAUACGAGUCCAGUGAGGAGGACGCAUAUGGAUCAUGCAACAAUUGCUAUAGGGUCAAAACAACUUGUGACGAUAAACCUAAAGGAUAUGAUUGUAGAAAACCUCGAGUCACCUAUUUCAACUCAGAAAGAGGAUGUCAGAGAGCUGUGCUGUCGUGCAGAGAUGUGGAAGACAACUGGAUGAAAAUUGUUACCAAAUAUGGUGAAGUGCUCACGGAAGGAUUUGCUGCUGACAAAUUGCUAAAAUGCGAAAGGGGAAAAUGGAGGGCUACUGACGUAAAGGAUCGUGAACAGGAAUUCAGGACUGUACAAUGUCUUAUAAGGAAGGAUUAUCGUUACGAGCAUUAUCAUCAUCAUAAUCAUCAUCCUAACUAA